CGAUGCCCUUACGUUCGUCCUCAGUGCAGGGCAACAGAUAUCAUCUUUUCCGGCGGUACAGCCUAUUCAAAAUAACAAGCCUCCUUCCCUUAAAAAAAAAAAGGUUUUUCAUUGUCAUAGACACACGGGAAAAGACAUACAGUUUAGCCUGAAGAUCUCAGAGGUAAGAAAGGUUGAGAGCAUCCAAGAUGGACACCAUCAUUCGCCGCUGUCCCUUCCUGUCGCGGGUCCCGCAGACGUUCCUCCAGAAAGCUGGCAAGUCCCUGGUUUUCUAUGCCCAGAAAUGUCCUGUGAUGAUGGAUCUGGCAUCUAGGCCCUUUGCUCGUGCCCUUUCCACAUCUGCUGCGAAGUGCCAGGAGACCAAGGAAACCUCUCCAACAGAUUCAGCCUCCGGGCAGCCUCCCAAGCAACCCAGUCUGCCUCCAGGCCACCCCGUGCCCCCAGCGUGCCAGGCAGCUGCUUCCAAGUGCCCUUUUCUUGCUGCCGAGAUGGGGCAGGGAAACAGCAGUGUGUUCCGGCAGGCCAGCGUGGAGCUGCAGGAGGAUGUGCAGGAGAUGCAUGCUGUCCGGAAAGAGUUGGCUGAAUCCCCUGUAAACCCAACUGUGGUCAACAUCACCAAGGCGGAUGGGGAGGACCAGAGCAGUCUCCUGAAGAAUUUACUGAAGCAACGUCCCACCAGGGUCUCCCACCUUCUGCAGGAUAACAUGCCCAAAUCAGUUUCUACUUUCCAUUAUGACAAGUUCUUUGAAAAGAAAAUCGAGGCCAAGAAGAACGAUCACACUUACCGGGUGUUCAAAACGGUGAAUAGGAGAGCAGAGACUUUUCCGAUGGCGGAUGAUUACUCUGGUUCGCAGGCCUCGAAGAAAGAGGUCUCUGUGUGGUGCAGCAAUGAUUACUUGGGCAUGAGCCGGCACCCCCGUGUUGUUCGCUCCAUCAUGGAUACUUUACGGCAGCAUGGCGCUGGAGCGGGAGGAACCCGUAACAUCUCUGGAACGAGCAAAUUUCAUGUAGAUUUGGAGCAUGAGUUAGCAGAUUUGCAUGGCAAAGAUGCAGCGCUGCUUUUCUCCUCUUGCUUUGUGGCUAAUGAUUCAACGCUUUUUACAUUGGCCAAAAUGCUGCCAGGCUGUGAGAUUUACUCAGAUGCUGGGAAUCAUGCCUCAAUGAUCCAGGGAAUCAGAAACAGUGGAGUUCCCAAAUUUAUCUUUCGUCAUAAUGACGUUAAUCAUCUUCGAGAACUGCUGAAGAAGUCCGAUCCCUCCACUCCAAAGAUUGUGGCUUUUGAAACGGUCCACUCAAUGGAUGGUGCUGUGUGUCCACUGGAGGAAAUGUGCGAUGUUGCCCAUGAAUUUGGGGCCAUCACAUUUGUUGACGAGGUACAUGCAGUUGGGCUGUACGGAGCUCGGGGUGGAGGAAUAGGAGACCGAGAUGGGAUCAUGCAUAAGAUGGACAUCAUCUCUGGAACACUUGGCAAAGCAUUUGGCUGUGUGGGCGGUUACAUAGCCAGCACUGCAACCCUGGUGGACACUGUGCGCUCCUACGCCGCCGGCUUCAUCUUCACCACAUCCCUGCCCCCUAUGCUGCUGGCUGGCGCCAAGGAAUCCAUUCAGGUGCUGAAGAGCGAGGAAGGAAGGGCUUUGAGACGGAGGCACCAGAGAAACGUCAAGCUCCUCCGGCAGAUGCUGAUGGAUGCUGGUCUGCCUGUGGUUCAUUGCCCAAGUCACAUCAUCCCGAUCAGGGUGGCAGAUGCGGCAAAGAACACCGAAAUUUGUGAUAUAAUGAUGAGCAGAUACAACAUCUACGUGCAGGCCAUUAAUUACCCUACUGUUGCCCGUGGGCAAGAACUCCUUCGAAUUGCCCCUACACCUCACCACACCCCACAGAUGAUGAAUUACUUUCUUGAGAAACUGGUGAAAACUUGGAAGGAGGUUGGCUUGGAGGUAAAACCUCACUCUUCCGCUGAGUGCAACUUCUGCAGGAGACCAAUACAUUUUGAGUUGAUGAGUGAGAGAGAAAAAUCCUACUUCAGUGGCCUAAGCAAUUUGAUAUCUGCUAGUGCUUAACAUCAAUUCAUGUCCAGGAUCUUUUUUUUUUCUCCAUGUAUCACAGCUUCAUGUAUUUUUAAAGCAUUAAGACACUGUAAGGUUUUAACACUCUGCAGUCCUUCUCUUGUACCAAGAACUACUGGUACAUAUGAAUAAAAGUUGGUAAAAUAUA